AUGGCCCGCCAGCCCGUCUACGAGACGACGUUAGGCCCACGAGUCAAGCAGCGAGAACCCGACCAGGGCCCGGACCGACUGGCCCCGAGUCCCGCAAUCACCCUCCUCGGGCCGCAGCAGCAGCCGCGUGCAGGUCCACUCCACCCGGUGCCGCCAUCACCCUCGCCCCCGGGAGCGUCAGCCACACCAGGCCACAAGGGAGGCGCCACAAGACAGCCUCCACCGCAGGACGCCCGCCACCCGAAGCCACCACCGCACCAGGGGAGCAGCCGCAGCGCCCCGGCAUCCUCCAGUACCCAGCAGCAACCAGUCUCAACACCCCACGGUUCCAGCAGCAGUGGCGGUGGCAAUCCCUCAACCCCGACUGCCGCCACCAGAGACCACGACCCGGUGUUCAGGCAAGCGUCAGCGGCCAUUGACCAGAGCCAUCCACUACCCUGGUCGCCCACCUCCGGGAACGCCUGCGCCGCACCCGCCGGCGCCGUCGCCGUCAAGCGCAGCAUGCACACAGGCGUCAAGGUGGUCCCCCCAGGGUCAGCGCGGCGCCCAAGGCACAGCGGCCACCGCAACGAAGCGCCGCCCCAGAAUGGCUCCGACAAUGCCCCACCCAGAGCACCACCACCCGCGGACAGCCUCCCAAGCUACCCCUGUGACAGUCCCCGAAAGCCCGAGGAGAAGAGGGGAAGACCGGCAGCACCACCCGCAAAAAUCAACGGAGCACCCUCCAAGGGAAUCUCUCCAACCCCACCCGAAACCGACAACGCUAAGUAG